AUGAACAUCUGUGAUUUCAUGGUGUGGACCCAGACAGACACCAUUACUCGUCGGAUAAAAAAAGAUGAGCCUUUUCUAAAAGAGAAACUUCGCAAGGCCGAGCUCUUCUUCAUGAAUUAUCUCCUUCCAGAGCUCAUCUGCCGCUACCAAGACCCCCAACUGGCUAAAGAGAUCAGUUCUCUGCACUGCGAACAGCCUAGUGACAUGAUCAACUCUGUGCAGGAAGAGCAGCGGGAGAACGAGGUUGCUGGGAAGAGUAAACCACAGAGACACCAUAGCUCUGUGCAGGAAGAGCAGCGGGAGAACGAGGUUGCUGGGAAGAGUAAACCACAGAGACACCAUAGAAUGAACGAGUCCGUGGAUCCCCGCACUACGGUUUGUGUGUACGUCUACACAGUAUGGAACGCCGUGUACGUGUUGCUAGUUCCUGUUUUUGGAGCUGUCAUCUUUGUUGGAUGUCAACAAUGGAGGAAACCGCAGUCUUCAAAUCGCGUCGAUCUGUUCACCUUUAAUCUGGCGGCUUUGGACAUGAUUGGAGUGGUGGGCGCUUGCCUUCUCACUGCCUCUUCGUUCAGGACUCAGACUGCAGAAAGAGGACCACGCCAUGCAGGACCCAGGUCGGCUCCCAGGCGAGGAUGGUGCACCAGACUAGCUCCAAUGGACGCUUCUGACUCGAUGGCGAAUGGAUCUAGCUCUGUGGACUGCUUCAGAGAUCCACCCACCUUUUAUAUCUUUAUAUCGAUUGCAGUGGUCACGCUGCUGCUGAUGCCCGUCUCUCUUUACAUUUUGUACUUGGGUUUCUCUCAGUGGAAGCAGCGCCGUGCAGCCAGUCAUUUGGACCACUUCACUUACCACAUGUCGGCCAUGGAUCUCCUUCCGUUCUGCGGUUGCAUCGUGUUCUGCGUCGGUGCCUGCUACGACAACAUUUUCUUGAUGUCCCAAAGCUUGGCGCUGUUCUCUUUCAACUGGAGUGCCAAGAUUCACUUAAACACCCUGACCUGUGUCGACCGCUACCUGGCAGUGGUUCACCCAAUCUCCUAUCUAAACUUGAAGAGAAGGGCCGGGGUCAAGAUCAGAAACGGCGCCAUUGCUUUUCUGUGGCUUCUUGGCCUCGCCUGCAUUUCUCUUCUUUCUGCGUGCUCUAGUCCGCCCCAGUCCAGCUAA